ACAAGCUCUUCACGAGAAGAAAGUCUGCUUUUACUUUUUUGUCAAAUCGCCGGAAGUCUUACUCCCCAUUAGCGCUAGCUUACCACAGGUCCAGCGAAAACAAUGCAGCUGCGGUCCUGUUGCGUUUAAACAUCCCUAUAAAAACAAGCGGCAACUUCAUAACAAAGUCAACCCCCCGUACGGGGGUUUCCGUCGUCAUCGCGUCGUCCUAACGGCCUGCUUUCCUUCCGGGGCCGGUGAGGCUAUCUCCCCCCGUGUGUGUGUCUGUUGUUGUGUUCUCGGUGACGGUAGAUAAUGGAGACGGCUAACGGGCGUCCGAAGCUAACGUUGGGUAGCCCGAGAGCGGCGGUGGGAAGCGGCUAAACCCGCUGGAGACAGGUGAUACGAUAGAAAGCGGUGGGCGGUUAAAGUUAGAGGCAGGCUGGUUUAAAUCAACCCCCCCCCACCCGGCCGUUAUACGGGCGGCAUGGCGGAGUAGGCGUCCGCGGCUGGUUGGGAUUCGCUCCCCGUCGCCAUGGCACCGGGCUCGCUGGUGGCGGCCUGCCGCAGCCUGGCCCUCUCUACGUGGCUGCUCUCCUUCUGCUUCGUGCACCUGCUGUGCCUGGACUUCACCGUGGCCGAGCGGGAGGAGUGGUACACCGCCUUCGUCAACAUCACCUACGUGGACCCCGCCACGUCGGAGCUGCGCACCGAGAAGACGGAGUGCGGCCGCUACGGGGAGCACUCGCCGAAGCGCGACGCCAAGGGGAUGGCGGCGCUGCCGGUGGCCCCGCUCGACCGGCAGGCCUGCGACCCCAACGCCCGGUUCGCGGUGCCCGCGCAGGCCGGGGCCUGGGUGGCGCUGGUCGCCGACGGCAACUGCACCCACGGGGACAAGAUCCGCCACGCCGCGGCCCAGAACGCCUCGGCGGUGGUCGUCUUCAACGUGGGGUCCCCCAACGCCAACGAGACCACCACGAUGACUCAUCCGGGUACGGGCGAGGUGGUCGCCAUCAUGAUCCCGGAGCCCAAAGGCCGCGAGGUGGCCGCCCUGCUGGAGCGCAACGUGGCGGUUACCAUGACGAUCACCAUCGGGACCAGGAACCUGCAGAAGUACGUGAGCAGGACGUCGGUGGUGUUCGUGUCCAUCUCCUUCAUCGUGCUGAUGAUCAUCUCUCUGGCCUGGCUCGUCUUCUACUACAUCCAGAGGUUCAGAUACGCCAACGCCAGAGACCGCAACCAGCGUCGUCUCGGCGACGCAGCGAAGAAGGCCAUCAGCAAGCUGCAGGUGCGCACCAUCAGGAAGGGUGACCAGGAGACUGAGGCCGACUUCGACAACUGUGCCGUCUGCAUCGAGGGCUACAAGGUCAACGACGUGGUCCGCGUCCUGCCCUGCAGACACCUGUUUCAUAAGAGCUGCGUGGACCCGUGGCUGCUGGACCACAGAACAUGUCCAAUGUGCAAGAUGAACAUCCUCAAAGCCCUCGGCAUCGCUCUGAACGCGGACUGCCUAGACGACCUGCCGCUGGACUACGACCUGCCGCUGGGCGGCGUAGGGGGGGUGGGCGGAGUCGGGGCCGUGGCCCUGGAGGCCAGCGACGGCACGCUGAGCGAGGGCGGCUCCUCCGUGGUGCUGGAUCCCGGCGUGCGGCGGGUGGGGCUCCCUCAGGACUACCAGGACCCCGACACCCUGAGGGACAGCCCGCUGACGGCCACCACAGACACACACACAGGUGAACUACAGCCGAUGGCCAGCAGCACCUCGGUGGCGUCCUUGGUCAUCACUGUGGAAACGGGUCUCUCAGACGAGGAGGGGUCCAUAGAUCAGUGUCAGCUGGGGGACAAGUCCUGAAAGGAGACCAACUGUACCAACCCCUCCCUCCCCUUAACGGACAAAUCGGGUUCAGAUCUUUUACGUACUUGAGUGGACCUAAAGCCCUGGACGACCCAACUGAAACCAACCCCUGGACCUAGUUCUAGUGUUUAGUGCCUUUGGACCUGUGAGACACUAAGCUGAACUAAACCACCUUGUUUGGACCAGGGGAUGGGGCCGAAAACCAGAAUCUAGACUCUGGGGGGGGGGGGGGUGUGCACAAAGUGGAUUCAUUUGGGCUAAAGGUGUGUGUUGGUUUUAGUCUGCUGGACUCUCGGCGAGGACCUCACCCGGUCUCACAAGACUCUGGUCUUACUCUUGGUUCUACCGGGGUUCGCCCACCUUUCUGUUUCUAGAAGUAGACUCACUUCUCCGUUCUGAGUCCAACCCACAGCGACGGAAACGUCCACUCCUCAAGGUGUGGACUUUUGUCUCCUGAUUUUGACGGUCGAAUGGGGUUCAAACUGAGAAGCUACAUGUGACCCUUGAGAACAUGAUCCCGUGUCUCCUGGUUCUCACUUCCGGUCCAGGUCUAGUCAGGAGGCAAAAACCAAGUUCUCAUUUCUGGACGGGUACACUUGUUUUUCUGCCUGGGUUUGUGUGUUUGUGUUAAAUCGGUGGACUCGGUACUACAGACAGUGUUUCUGGCAUCUUUAAAGGCUCCUUGAUCUCCACAGUACACUGGUACUGACCGUAUUCAGUUUGGGUUUCCUCUGUGGAGAACAGGAUGUAUGUGAAGCACAUAGUUCCUGUCUUUACACCUUUUAGAAUUGUAGUGUCGCGCCAAUAUUAAAUGCUACAAUUAAUGUACGUUUUUGUUCAGCUUUACUUCUUAAACCGCCUCUCUGCAGUGCUAGUGAUGUACAUACCGAUCGCUUCUACCCCUGAGCUCAGUGACGCCACAGGUAGACGUCCAAUCAAGUCAACUCAAUCCGAGUGUCAAGACUUCAGUUUGAGCCUCUACGUGUAAAAUAAUGCUUCAUUCACGCGGUACAAGGUCGUUUGGCCAAGGCCAGAUUGGCGGAUCGGACGAUAAAGUUGUGUCGUUGUAAUUGGCCGUUCUCAUUCAUCCUAAGGGCCAAUCAGAAGCUGUAAUUGGGCAAGGUCGGGCUUCAUGGUCUUUUUAUAAUGCACUGUAUCUGGGCAAUAUAGUUGGGUCAUAAUCCAGCAUCGUAUUCUGCUGUUUUCAGGCGAUCAUUUGGCGAGCCGUUUGGGGUAAAGCGCUGACGUUCGGUAGUCAUUAAAACCGCGAGGUAGGAACCCUGUUGUUAGCGUGGCCUUGUUUCUUUUAUCGUCCCCCCCGGCCUCAUGCUGCCUUUUAAUCAAAAAAUACCUUUAACCUUUGAACCCUGACAAUCAAGAACUGACCCAUUUACUGGUGGCAUUUCUGCGCCGAUCUUUAGCAAAACCUAAUAUGUGUUUUCUAAACGUUACUAUUUCCAGACUUUGAAUCUUGGGGUAGGGGAUGUGUCCUUUCCUCUGAAGAAGAAGUUCAAGUUCCUUGGGGUCUUGUGUGAGUGAGGGGAGGGGGAGUGUGAGUUGGGCACAGCGGGGGCUCUAUUGAACUCACUUAACCACAUCGCUGUGACGAAAUGUGAGCUGAGCCGGAAGGACUCUUUGAGGGUUCACCUGUGGUCAUGAAGCUUGGGUCAAGAACUAGGUCAUGGGUAUAAGCGGCCUAAAUAGGUUUCCUUUGGAGGGGGGCUCCGAGUGCAGCCGCUUCUCCUUUUAGCACAAAGGGGCCAGUUGAGCGGGUUGGGGCACCUGGUAAGGAUGCACCUCCCCAGGGAGGUUUUCCAGGCACGGCCCGGCUGGGAAGAGGCCCCCAGGGAAAGGAACCCCCAGUCAGAGGUGGUAGAUGUGUUUGGGUGCCCUGCUGAGACGUGCCUGUCCUCUCUGAGACGUAGACUUGCGUUGCAUCCUCCCUGUUUCACUGAGCAUGUAAAUAUAUUAACUAACACGUAUGUUCCACAUUGCGCCAUGCAAGAUACAGAUUGUUGUCUAUUUUGAUAACAGAGGAAAGUUUUUAUUUUUGUAACAAGGACGCCGAGCAGCAACGACUGAAUUCCCCCCCCCCUCCCCCCCCAACACUCCCCACCGGUGAUGGUAGUCCGGUAUGUAGGUUUGGAGGAUGCAAUCAAACGUAGCUCAUGCAACUAGCUUAAAGAUUUUUAUUUUGGUCUUUCCAGUGAAAACUAUGACCUAAUUUCUCCCCCCCCCCCCCCCCUCCCGUAAUGACGUCUGGUUUGUUUCUCCCAGUCCGGUCUCUCCUUGCCCGUUGGCGGUUUCCUCGUGGUUCGAGGCUGUGUUUCAUUGGUUGCUCUGCCUCUUUUGUCAAGGCACUUUAACUGUGUUCCUCUGGAAGAUUCUGGAAAACGAUAACUUUCCGCCUUGCUUCUAUUGGUUUGUUCUCAUAGUUGUUCCCUACUUUAAAACUGCCAUUUUAAGAUAUCUACUUUUCUAAAAAGUUUGAGAUGGAUUUUGCUGGGCUUUUGAAGACAAUUUUCAAUAAAAUCGAGAGAAGAUGUUUCCCUGUCCAGAUUCAACUUGUUCAACUGCCAAAUUUUGUGCCACGAUUUGUAGUUUGUGUGAAUGGCAAGUUGUGUAAUCCCACACAUUUUUUUUACAUUUUUUUUUUUACUUGACACAAAGCUCCAAAAGUAAAGGGAAGUUUGCCAGAUCCCUCCGGAGAGAGAGUGGAAGUUGAGACCAUCCCAUGCAUCUGUAGCCAUAGCGUUGCCUCUGCUACCAUGACAACCGGGUGUGAAGAAGACGAGGUGGCGUGUGUGUGUGUGUGUCUAGAAUAUCUUUUAGAGCGUCUGUUUGUGUGGUAGUCCUGUGCACGCAAACAAAGUUUACACACACACACGCGCAGUGUAAAUACAAGGCGGAGACGUGACGCCAUGUUGUUUCUGUGUUUAAAUUGUUGCACGUGUUCUCAUUCAGAACGGAAUUUAAAUAAAAUAUGGAUUCAAGUUUC